CAGUAUCGACACAUUAGUGCUGCACUGUUCUCUCUCUCUCUCUCUCUCUCUCUCUCGCUCUGUCUCUCUGCGGAAUGCGUACUGCACUUGUGGGUGGGCAGAACGCCGGGCGUUACAGAGAAAGCGAGGUCUGCUCUCACUCAGUCCUCGCUUGAGUGCUCGGGUUUCGGCAGAGUGCCUUGAGAAUCGCUUUUAUCCAGUUUUUCAUUAAACAAAGCUUUCUAUUGAGACCUUAAAGAUCGUUUUAACCCUUUCUCCACACUAUUCAAGCGUUGAAUAGCUUUUUAUUACUCUCAAAGAGAGUGUUGGCCCCGCGGCGUUGACUCUGUGAGUGCACAUUUAUUUCGUCCAGGAAAAUGGCAAAGGGUGAUAAGAAGAACGCGUGGAAGGAGUUCUUCUGGAACCCGAGAACGCGCGAGUUCUGCGGGAGGACCGCGAGUAGUUGGGGUCUGAUCCUGUUGUUUUAUCUGGCAUUCUACAUUUUCCUGGCUGGAUUAUUUGCUCUCACCAUGUACGUAAUGCUGCAGACGCUCGAUGACCACAGACCAACAUACCAAGAUAGACUUUCAACUCCAGGAAUGAUGAUCAGACCUAAAGGAGAUCAGCUGGAGAUCGCUUACACCGUGGAGUACACAGAGACCUGGGAAAGAUACGUCCAGGCCCUCAAUAACUUCCUCUCGCCCUACAACGACACAGUCCAGGCCCAGAAGAAUUAUGAAUGUAAACCGGAUCAUUACUUCAUCCAGGAGGACAGUGGCAGCUUGGAAAACUUCCCCAAGCGUUCCUGCCAGUUCAAACGCUCCAUAUUGGAGGAUUGCGCUGGGAUCACAGAUCGUUAUUAUGGUUACAGUGAUGGCAAGCCCUGCAUUAUCAUCAGGCUUAACCGUGUGAUUGGUCUGUUGCCUGCUGAGGAUGGGCAGCCUCCUUACGUCACAUGUGGUGCUAAGAAAUACAAAGUUGGGAAAGAUGAGUGGGCAGAUGACUCCGAUAAACUUGGUGAACUGGUGUACUUUCCCCCAAAUGGCACCUUUAACCUUAUGUACUACCCAUACUAUGGCAAGAAAGCCCAGGUGAACUACUCUCAGCCUCUUGUGGCCAUUAAGUUCAUCAACAUCACCAUGAAUGAGGACGUCAACGUGGAGUGCAAAAUCAACGCUAACAACAUUCCUGAGGGUAGUGAACGAGACAAGUUUGCUGGACGCAUUUCCUUCAAACUGAGGAUCAACUCCAGAGAUUAAACAGGCGAAAGUGUUU